CUCAAUAGAAGACAAAAAAACCGUGCGAAGAACACGAGUUCUAAAUAGGAAAAACAACACUUUUUAUUUGAUGUAUAUUUAAUUAUUUAUACCAAUGCACCUGCAUCGUCCUUAUUAACAACCUGUCAAGUUUUCCCCUAUACAGAGGUCUCCACCAGACAAAAACGCCUUCUUCUCCAGUUAAUACCCGAACCCGUUUAGCAGGACCCGAUCCGCACCCGCAACCAUGAACGACGCCGACGUCUCGAAGCAGAUCCAGCAAAUGGUCCGCUUCAUCCGCCAGGAAGCGGAGGAGAAGGCCAACGAGAUCUCCGUCUCCGCCGAGGAGGAAUUCAACAUCGAGAAGUUGCAGCUGGUCGAGGCGGAGAAGAAGAAGAUCAGGCAGGAAUAUGAGCGCAAGGAGAAGCAAGUCCAAGUCCGCAAGAAAAUUGAAUACUCCAUGCAACUGAAUGCUUCUAGAAUCAAGGUUCUUCAAUCACAGGAUGAUUUGGUGAAUUCCAUGAAGGAGGCAGCAUCGAAGGAACUUUUGAAUGUUAGCCGUGACAAAAAUAUCUACAGGAGUCUGUUGAAGGAUCUCAUCAUUCAGAGUUUGUUGAGGCUGAAAGAACCAUCCGUGUUAUUACGGUGCCGUAAAGAGGAUGCUCAGCUGGUGAAUUCUGUCUUGGACUCGGCAAAAGAUGAGUAUGCACAGAAGGCAAAAGUUCAUCCACCUGAGAUCAUAGUUGAUAACAUUAACCUUCCUCCUGCACCAUCACAUAAAAAUGCGCACGGUCCUUUCUGCUCUGGUGGCGUGGUAUUGGCUUCUAGGGAUGGGAAGAUUGUGUUUGAAAACACCCUUGAUGCUAGACUGGAUGUUGCAUUCCGUAGAAAGUUGCCCGAGAUACGCAAGAGUCUUUUUGGCCAGGUUGCCGUCUGAUGGUUAGUCAUGAAUCCUGCAUCUACUUGUCUUGUGUUUUGUUCGACUGCUGUCAAACUUGUAUGAGUUUGAGUUUGACCAUUGGCCCUGGAAGAUUAUUAUCAUCUGUAUGUGGUUUGUUUCACUUCACGUCUUCUCUUUUUUUUUUUUUUUUGGAAAAAAAAAUGUUGAAUAAAUAUAUUUAUGGAAGUUCUAUCCCUUGAUCCUAUUUAUAAUAUUCAUUUUUGAACACAUGAAUAAUGUUUGUAAGAUGAUGGGGGCUGAAAAUAAGAUUGAAUUGAGAGCUCAUUAUCUUUUUCCAUUGCUUAUUAUUGUACGGUGGUCGUAUGAUUAUUGUGGUUGGAAAAAAUAAAAGUUUCUCUCUUUGAUAAUAUGCAUAAAGUUAUGAGAAAUGAGAUAUGGCCAAGUUUCAUUGGGAUACAGGGAUUUGAAUGAUGGAGGCCUCAAAUCCAUAUGAAUAUAACAAUGCACCAAGUUAGCAAGUGCAAAAUACAUCUGACAAAUAUGCAAAUCGUCACGAAUUUGUCGUGGAUAUUUUUAUCCUCGUUUUCUUAGCAACAAUGAAUGCUCUUGUGGAAGCUAGAAGUGGCAUAUCGGCAAUUUCGAAUAGCUUGGGUAUUGAGGUUACAAGGCAAGAGAUAGAGAUAAUUUAAUUCAAUUUGUAAAGUGGAAAUGAAAUUUUGUGUCAUCCGUGCUCACCUCUGGGGACACACACGAGCUUCUCGAUGAUAUCUCGGUGCACGAGCCCGAUUUGUGGGCCCACAUUGGAGAUAAGUUGAGCUUGAUCAGCUCUAGUUUUGGGCUUCCAUCUUUG